AUGUCCGUCAGAAACCUCCAGCAAAAGCUCUUCAGGGCACAGCCAUCCGCAGACUCCCCGCCGCGCUCCGACCCUUCGCUCUUCAUCCAGAUUCCAAAGCCAACCCCACCCACCCCCGUUCGCCAGCCGCCCAAGUCGUCCAAGCACCCCUCGGACACCGACGCGUCCCCCAAGGUCAAGCAGGAGCAGGCCCCGCAGACGUACCGCGAGAAAAUACGCGCCCAGCUCGGCGCGAACUACCACAGCGUCGAGCGCCAUCGGCUCGAUCAGGACGAGAAGAAAGAGCGGCACUGGAAGAGGUGGGGCCCCUACCUCUCCGACAGACAGUGGGCCACCGUUAGGGAGGAUUAUUCGGACAACGGCGACGUGUGGGCGCACUUCCCGCACGAACAGGCCCGCUCCCGCGCGUACCGCUGGGGCGAGGACGGCAUCGCAGGCUUCAGCGACAACCACCAGCGGCUGUGCUUCGGGCUCUCCUUGUGGAACGAGAACGACCGCAUGCUCAAAGAGCGUCUUUUCGGCGUGUCGGGCCCCCAGGGAAAUCAUGGCGAGGACGUCAAGGAGCUGUACUACUAUCUGGACUCCACCCCGACGCACUCGUACAUGAAGUUUUUGUACAAGUACCCCCAACGCGCCUAUCCCUACGACGAGCUGGUUCGCGAGAACCAAUAUCGUGGGCGCGAGGUCGCGGAAUACGAGCUUCUUGAUACUGACGCCUUGGACGAGGACAGGUACUGGGAUGUGUUUGUCGAGUACGCAAAAGACGAGGACGAUCCUAACAAUGUAUACAUACGGAUCACGGCAUACAACCGGGGCCCCGAUCCAGCGACGCUGCACAUCAUCCCUCAGCUGUGGUUCCCGAACACCUGGUCGUGGCCUCUUCCCACCCCUCCCAAACCCUCUCUCUCCGCCACGACGAACAACAGGAUCACCGCGGUCCACAAGAAACUGGGCAAGACGCAUCUAUACUGCUUCCCGUCCCCACCUCCCGUCGGACCCGACGGUGAACCGGCCAGCAACGGCAGCGAAGGUGGGGACGAUGCGGACGUCGCGGUAGAACCCGAGUUGCUCUUCACGGAGAACGACACGAACUUCAAGCGUCUCUGGGGCGUACCCAACAAAUCGCCGUAUGUGAAGGACGGAUUCCACGACCACAUCGUCCCUGCGCACCGUCCCCCGUCUGUCAACAGUCAUAUGAAAACCAAUGGAAAUAGCCACAACGGCAACGGCAACGGCAACGGCCAUGGCAAUGGCAAUGGCACUUCCUCAGGUUCCUCGUCCGACGAAGAGCGGGGCCCGCCGACCCCUCGUUCGGAACCUAUUUUCGUCAACCCAGCCAAGACGGGCACGAAGUCCGCCGCGCACUACACCUUCACCAACGUGCCCGGCAAAGGUGGGUGCGCCGUCGUGCGCAUGAAGCUCACGCCGCAGACGCCGCAGAAGGACCCGACGCUAGAAGAUGAGGGGCUGUUCGACGACGCGAUUGAAGAACGCCGGUUGGAGUCGGACGAGUUCUAUGGGACGCUCGUGCAGGCACCCAUGAGCGACGACUUGCGCGCGAUCAUGCGGCAGGCGCUGAGCGGGAUGAUGUGGACGAAGCAGUACUAUCAGUUCAUUCCUAAGGACUGGUUGGAGGGCGACGCCGCACAGCCGCCUCCUCCGCCGGAGAGGAAAUGGAGGACGAGCAACAGGGAGUGGAAGCACUUCCAUGCCGCCGACAUUCUGUCGAUGCCAGAUAAGUGGGAGUAUCCUUACUUCGCGGCCUGGGACAGCGCGUUCCACUGCAUCCCCCUGGCGGCGAUCGACCCCGCGUUCGCGAAGAAGCAGCUGGACCUGCUCACACGCGAGUGGUACAUGAAGCCCGACGGGCAGAUCCCCGCGUACGAGUGGAACUUCUCGGACGUGAACCCGCCCGUCCACGCGUGGGCGACGUUCCGGGUGUUCAAGAUCGAGCGCAAGAUGUAUGGAAGGGAGGACCUGCCGUUUUUGGAGCGCGUGUUCCAGAAGCUGCUGCUCAACUUUACGUGGUGGGUCAACCGCAAGGACGAGGCGGGUUCGAAUGUGUUUGAGGGCGGAUUCCUUGGGCUAGACAAUAUCGGUGUCUUCAACCGGUCGGAAUCGCUUCCGACGGGUGGAAAGCUUCGACAAGCCGAUGGAACGGCCUGGAUGGCGUUCUACUGUCUCAACAUGUUGAGCAUGGCCUUGGAGCUGGCGAAACAUAACUCCGUAUACGAAGACAUUGCUUCCAAGUUCUUCGAGCACUUUAUCUUCAUAGCCGAUGCCAUGACCUAUAGCCAGGGCGAGAGCACCCAGAGCCUGUGGAACGAGAAGGACGGCAUGUAUUACGACGCGAUCCAGUGGGGCCCGAACAACGCGAUGCAGCUUCCCGUUCGAAGCCUCGUUGGCUUGAUCCCGCUGUAUGCUACGUUGACUUUGGAGCCGUCGGUCGUCGACAAGCUGCCUGGGUUCAAGAAGCGGAUGGAAUGGUUCAUCGACAACCGGCCCGAGGUUUCGGGGAGGAACAUGGCGAACAUGAAAGCGCGCGGCCGCGGUGAACGAUUCCUCCUGGCUCUCGCGAGCAAGGAGCGUCUCGUCAAGAUUUUGGAGAAGAUGUUGGACGAGGACGAGUUCCUCAGCGAGCACGGCAUCCGAUCCUUGUCUAAAAAGCACAAGGACCACCCGUGGGGUAUGGAUGUCAACGGAGAGCGCCACGAAGUCAAUUACUGGCCCGGGGAAUCGAAGUCCGGGAUGUUUGGUGGAAAUUCCAAUUGGAGAGGCCCGAUAUGGCUCGCGGUCAACUUCCUGCUCAUCGAGAGUCUGCAGCGGUUCCACCAGUAUUACGGGGACGACCUGCAGGUCGAGUGUCCGACCGGCAGCGGCGAGUACAUGAACCUCGUGGGCGUCGCGGAGGAGAUCCAGCAUCGGAUCAUCCACAUCUUCGGGCGCGACGUCGCCGGCCGCAGGGCGCUCAACGGCGGCAACGAAAAGCUGGACUUUGAUCCUAACUUUAGGGACUACGUCUGGUUCUUCGAGUACUUCCAUGGCGAUGACGGUCGCGGCCUCGGCGCAUCACAUCAGACUGGGUGGUCCGGUUUGGUCGCGUACCACAUCCUGCAGAGCGGUGCUAGCUGUCGCCUCCCCAAGACCCCGCGAACUCCUCGCAGUCUUGCGCAGCAUUACUUUGACGAAACUAUCGAUUACGGGGACGAGACGCAGGAUUUGCUCAGCGCGUACAGCGCCGCGGACAUUAACACUCUGGGCGACCUCUCGCCCGACGCGCUGUAA